AUGUCCAACAGCAGCUUCCUCAAUGAGUUCCUCCUCUUGGCUUUCACAGAUAUGUGGAAUCUACAACUCUUGCAUUUCUCGUUCUUCCUGGGCAUCUACCUGGCUGCCCUCCUGGCCAAUGGCCUCAUCAUCACAGCUGUAGCCUGUGACCAUCACCUUCACACUCCCAUGUACUUCUUCCUCCUCAAUCUUUCCAUCCUGGACCUUGGCACCAUCAGCACCACCGUUCCCAAAUCCAUGUCCAGUUCCCUGUGGGACACCAGGACCAUCUCCUAUAUGGGUUGUGCUGUCCAAGGCUUUUUCCUCUUUUUCUUAUGUUCAGCAGAGUGCCUCCUCCUCACUGUUAUGGCCUAUGACCGAUUUGUGGCCAUCUGCAGAGCCCUGCACUAUGGGAUGCUCAUGAGCGGCAGAGCUUGUGCCAAAAUGGCAGCAGCUGCCUGGGCCAGUGGUUUUUUCUACGCUGCCCUGCACACUGGGAACACAUUUUCAUUACCUCUCUGCCAAGGCAAUGUUGUGGAGCAGUUCUUCUGUGAAAUUCCCCAGAUCCUCAAGCUCUCCUGCUCAGACACCUACCUCAGGGAAGCUGGGGUUCYUGUGGUUAGUCUUUGUUUAGUCUUUGGGUGUUUCAUUUUCAUUGUGCUGUCUUAUGUGCAGAUCUUCACAGCUGUGCUGAGGAUCCCCUCUGGGCAGGGACGGCACARAGCCUUUUCCAUGUGCCUCCCUCACCUGGCCGUGGUCUCUUUGUUUGUCAGCACAGGCAUGUUUGCCUACCUGAAGCCCCCAACCCUCUCUUCCCCAGCUCUGGAUCUGGUGGUGGCUGUUCUCUAUGCAGUGGUGCCUCCGGUAGUGAACCCCCUCAUCUACAGCAUGAGGAAUAAAGACCUCAAAGAA